GUCUUUCGUAUUUGUUUGUCCCCUUCGUUUGCCCCCCUCCAUCUCGCGUCAUCUCUUUGCCCUCCAUCUCAUCUUCUCGCUAAGGAGGUCAGAUAGCUCCUCGUGAGUUUUGUGUGACUAUUGUCGGGAGGGGGUUGGACGCGGGGAAUGGGGUUUUCUCAUUACGUGGAUGAUGAUGAUGAUGAUGAUGAUGAUGAUGAUGAUGAUGAUGAUGAUGGUGAUGAUGAUGAUGAUGAUGAUGAUGAUGAGAAAAAUGAUGAUGGUGGCGUGUUCAGAGGCGGUCUUGUUCAGAGACCCUCAGUCAAUAACGGAGGAUCAGGAGGGUGGGGAAGACCGUUUGUCCCAUUCAUGGGGCCAUCGACCGCUGCACGGAGGGAACUGGUGCCGUGUCAAGAAGAUGCGGGCGAUGGUGGAGAGUUGGUGGAGGGACAACCCCAAGGUGGUCCAGGGGCUUUGGGGAAGGCUUCCGUAACCGGGCGACCAUCAAGGAGGCUGCAUCAAGCUUCAAUUAAGAGGUGGACAAAGAACAACUCCCAACAACGUUUGGACAUCGCUUGGGCAGAACACCUGUUUGAGCACGGUGCGCCAUUCAACUACGUGACAGGAGAGAAGACGCAGGAGUUGCACGAUUUAUACUUGGAGUUGGGGGAGAAGAGGCAGAGAGUGUCAAUGACGAAGAUGUUAACAUUGCGGAUGAUUGCACUUGACAUUGUCUAUGAGCGCCAGAGGGAGCGGAUGCGGCGAUUUAUGGAGGGAUGGGACAUCACCGGUUGCACCGUGCUUACUGACGGUUGCAUGGAUCGCAAGUUCCGCCCAGUGAUGAACUUCAUUGCUGCUUCAGAGUCCGGUGUGGUUCUGCUGAAGGUGUUGGACAUGUCGAAGAGGAAGAAGACAGCAACCGCACUGACUAAACUUUGGGAGCAGGUUAUCCGUGAGAUCGGAGUGCACCGCGUCGUGGAAAGAGCGGUGAAUGUCAUGCAUCCUGUCUUCGAAUUGCUGAGGAAGAUGGAUCGCAGUGGGACAGCACCGUAUCAGUUGUGGGGGUUCGAGGAGGCCUUGAUCAAGCCCUUGAACGCGAUGCAGGGCUUGAUUGCGGAACAACGAAACUCCAUUGCGGAGAAAGUGAAGGACCGAUGCAGGAUGAUGCGACACGAGGGGGGCACUUGGGGAUGCAAGGAGCAUCUUAAGUUGUGGGGAAGUUUGAAGGUGUUCCAUAAAGAGCCGGUGGGAGAGUCCUCCAAGCCGAUGAAGGAUCAAGACAGUCUAUGGACGGACUUCGCCAAAUUUGACAGCGCACUCACGAAGCACACUGCAUCAGAUUGGUGGAACUGUCAUGGAAAGAGUCACGAGGAGCUGCAUAAGAUUGCAACACGAGUGACAGCAAUAUGGAGCACGGCCACCCCUUGUGAGCGGAACUGGUCAACCCUCGAUCUUGUGCACGAGAAGAGGAGGAACCAGUUGUGCCCUGAAACUAUCAACAAGCUUGUUUAUAUACAUUGGAACAUCCAGCUCACGAAGGUGAACAAGAAGAAGAACAAAGGGGGCUUCAUUGACUUGUGGGCGAGCUUCUUUGACGACGAACAGGCGCCGCCACUUGAGGACCCUGCCAUUCUUCCUCCUGACGCACCGAUUAUAGAAGGUGAGCUGGCUGCGCAUGAUCAUUUGAGCAAGGCACCAAGUGGGAGGGUUCCAAAGGUGGGGAGGUUGGAUGAUUCUAGCUGCUCUGAUGACAGCGACGACGGCGAGGACUUGGUUUGGAGGGGGAAGGGUGUGAAGAAGAGGGAUGAGGUGGUGAAGAAUGGGAAAACACCCAUGGUAGGCGAGGAAGAAGGUCAUGAUUGUGACGGGGAGGAAGAGAACAUGGAGGAAGAGGAAGCAGGGGAAGAGGAAGAGGAAGAGGAAGAGAUUGAUUUCGGCCUGCGCUCAGACAUCGAUAGCGACAAGUCCGAGGACAACAACGAGAUUGACAACAAUCUCCUGAGCUUGCAUGAGUUUGGUCACUUCGACAACAGCCUGCAUGUUGGACUGAAUGACGAUGAGGCUGGGAGAAGAGCGGUACAGACCCUAGCGCAAAGAGACCGUGCCAUUGUGAUGCAGCGCAUGGAGCAGGAGGCUGCCAGUCGAGCAGCCUUGCCACGUAACGUGGGGCAAAGGGAAGAACAGGGUUGUGAAAAGAAACAAGAUCAACGCGGGGGAGAGCCAGCCACAAAUGCAGCAAGCGGACAGGAAGACGAACACCGAGAAGUGCAGAAGCGGCAGCAAGAAGAGGAAGAUUAACAAUUGUAAGACGAGCAUGAAGAGGACGAAGAAGUUUCGCUUAUGGACAAG